CCACCAUCACUCUCCACCACCAUCUUCUCAAAAUCCAGUCACCUAGUCAAUUUUCUGGCGAGCCCGAACCCGCCGACGUCCAAGGUUUUCCCCGAACCAACACCGUCCACCUCGUCUCAGCCGCGCAUCACCGUUUGCGAGCCCCUUCACACACCUUCCCGUCACCUGCAAACCUUGGUCUAGUUCCGUUCGUCCCCCAGCUCAACCAGCGUCCACGAGCAGCUCCCAUCCUCCACCAAGUCCACGUCGCAGCUCCCGUCCCUCGCCAUCCGCGACCAGCCCGGUCCACGCACCACCAGCUCUGGUCUCAAUCGAUCAUCUCGUGUCCCAGUGCCGGUUCGACCCUUCCUGCACCGCAACCGCACCGGCAAACCACAAGACCCAAGCCCUUA